GUAUUCAAGAAUUACAUCUUCUAAGUGCACCUGAAUCAGAAUUGUGUAGAACAAAGCCCUGAUAUCUUCUCUUUUGUUUAGAUAAGUAUGUUUUGUAUUUGUGUUGGAGGUGACUGAGACAACCUUUGUACCACAAGAGUCUUUAGGGCCACAGAACAAAGCAAACCACCUGGUUCUCUCUAUCUGGUUACAUAUAUCUGAAUAAAGGGAAAAAGAAUAGCCAUUGCUUGUACAGUCUUUCAAAAGGACAUAAAUUAUAAGUAGGAAAGAUCACUGAUCUGAUAUUAAAGACUCAAGCAGAUGUCUGUGAAAGCCCCAUGAAGGAAGCACGUGGCUGUCUGUAUUCAUAUGUCAGAGCCUAGCUUGAUUUCACCUAGUGUUCAUCAGCCUUUGCUAUGGUUAUGAGUAACAGGCCUGUCUGUGUAUCACCUUUUCCUGAGCUGUGAAAAUUCACAUUAAUUUUUGUCAUAAACUAUGGAUAUGUGGAUAGUGCAGGUGGUAGAGCUAGAUGUUCUUUUUGAAGGUGGGUUCUCAUUGAGAUUAAAGCUUUCUCACAAGGCUUGGAAAUAAGUAGGCAGAAAAUGCAAAGGAAAGAAGGCCCCACCAGUGUUGUAGAGCCUUGGAUGCCUGAAGUAACAAACUGUGUGCUGAAUGCAGGAUUUUUCAUUGUAGAUAACACUUUCCUGGUCACCUACUUAUACAUAAAGUUUUACUGCAGCAGGUAAACACCAGUAAUGACUCAGCAGUUUAGAUCAGGAAGGAUCUGACUCCACAAAGUUCAUGGACUGUGUCAGCCUUGAACUGAGCUCACACAGGCCUUGGACUCACAAGUUCAUCAGCUAGAGACACGUUGGCUUAUGUUAUCUGAAGGUCGGUGGUUCUCUUUUGCAAUAGUUUUGCAGUUGAUAGGGUAAGAGGUUAGAUGGAAGUUUUAUGUUUUAAUGGGGAGACAUUUUCAGUUGGGUACCUAUCUUCAAAAAUGCAAUUUCAAUUCAAUGGAAAAAAAACUUCAUAGUUUUUCUCAAUUUUACCAAUUAGUUUGCUUUUUUAAAAAAACAAAAACAAAAAUGAAAACGAAAAAACACAAGUACUUCCACAGUGAUUUUUCAUAUUUAUCUAUUAUACCCCACUGCACAAUUUGCCUCUGCUUUAUUAGGAAAAAAAUACUUAUUAAAAAAUACCAAGUUACUGCACUGUAACAACUCUGACAGAAUUCAGUGAGGUGAAGCUGUCCAACUCUAUAUGGCUAAGAGGAAUUCUGGUGUGCUCUUUACAAACCGAGUAGCACCAUAUCAUGUAAUCCAAACAGUGUUUCUGGACAAUCAUGCUGUGGAUGCAUUUCUGUCACGUGUUCCCAAGUACCCUGGAAUAAGUUGUCAGUAAAUGUCCAAGUCCAGUUUCUUCUGUCCUCCCAAAGAGCUCCAGCAGCUGCACAAACCACACGGUAGCCUGCGUUGGUGCUCAUCCCACUUGCCAACAUGUCAGACAGCCUGCUGUCUGAAGACGUUUGUGUUGGGUUCUGGGACACUGGUUUAAGGUCUGGAGUGAUGCGAUGUGCAUCCAACAUUGUUUUAUCAAAGGUCUCCAUUUGGGUGCCAAGAUUCCAGUUGUGUUACAGCCCACCUUCUCUUCACUUACUGAAUGUGCAGCAAGAACGGGAAAACCCUGUGAGAGAUGCAUGAAUGUGAGGCAGAUGUUUUGUGUGUGAUGGGAGAGGAAGCCUUAAAUGGGAAUGAAAGUAUUGCACAUGUGUGUGAGAGAAUUUUCCACUCUGUGACAGAUUUUCUGUGCAGAAGCUUUCUGUUUUCCCUUGCACUGGUGUUGCUGUAAGAUGGCUAGGAUGGUCCCAUCCUAUUUCAUACAUGUGUUGGAAAUAGCCAACACCCUUUGGUCAUGCUGAUAUAAACUAUGAACUGAUUUUAGGUAGUAUAUAAGUUCAAUUCAAUCACAUGAAUGAGUAAAACCUAGGCAUGGUUAUUCAUAACUUAUUUGCCAAUAUGAAGGUUCCAAUUUGCAGACCCAGAUUUAAAUGAUCAGCUGAAGGUGACCCAGCAUCGACUGAGCACCUGAGAAAUGUUCUCUUACAAACAAGAGAAGUCAGAAACCUGCAUUUACCUUGGCAUCCCCAAUAAAUACUCACCAUCUCUGAGUGAGAGAUGCUAUGGCAUGUUCAUUAGCUCACUUAACAGCCACCCACAGCACCUUAUCCUUAAACCAUGUCUGGGAAAGGAGCAAAAGAUUACAUAGGUGCCCAGAUAUCACCAUCUGAUCUGAUCACUAGGCAGGGAAUAGGUCUCCAUCUCCUUCCUACAUCAGAGCUACAGUAAUUCUGCAUUGAAUAGAUGUUGCUGUAUGAGAACAGAAAGAGAUUGCAGAGAUUUGUCUUUCUAGUGAUUGUUUCAAGUGUAUGGAUACUAGAGGAAAAUAAUCAGCUUUAGGAGGUGUAGCUGUAGCUAAAAUCCAAACUUUUCCAGGCAAAGUGCAAGAGACAGGCAAGAGUUAAUCCCAGCUCCUUGCGUGACUUGCAUUCACGUACACAAAGUUAUUAACUCCUGCCCCUGUGAAACAGUACCUGAGCCCAAGGAUAAAUCCCUGCUCUUAGUGUUACAAUGAACAUUUCCCCAAUGACUCAGCUUAUCUCAGAACAGCAGUUGUUUGCAUAGUUACAUCAAUCAGCCAACACUGAGCAUAGCCAACUCACUCAGCAGCUAGCAGUCCUCUAUCUCCCAGUGUAACCAGAGGCAAGAAGAGUGAAUAGGAGAGAUGGGGGGUCUGCACUGAUGGGCUGCUGAUGCUAAGAAGGUCAUCAGUCUGUGGUACUGGUAUGGAAAGGAGAUGGGUGAGGCACUGAAUUGUAGUCACAGUAUGGGAGAGCCAAGUUUAUGACAGCAGUCACACCUUUCUCGUGCUUGUGCAAACCUGCUUUUGAAGUCCAAAACCAUUUCAACAUUUUAUAAUCAUCAAUCUCCUGACAUGAAUCCAGUUGCGUGCAAACUGCUAAACACGUGAAACAGUAACUCAAAAGGGCAAAAGUGUCAUUGCCAAGUGCUAUAUUUGAGUAGGUGGAUUGAAGCCUCAAAAGCUUUCAAACCACCCAGCUUGCUCUUGCAUGGAUUUCUUUCCACCUUACAACAUGCUGAUGGCAAUGCUUCUCCCCUUCUUGUGCUGCUUGAGUACUGCUGCUGCUGGGAAGUUGCUGGUGGUCCCGAUGGACGGCAGUCACUGGCUCAGUAUGAAGGAAGUGCUGACUGUACUGAGCAGAAAAGGGCACGAAAUAGUUGUUGUAGCACCAGACAGCAGUAUCCUCAUAGAUUCUUCAGGGACUUUCACGACGAAGACGUAUCCUGUACCAUACAAGCAGGAAGAGUUAGAAGAGCUUUUGCAUACUUUUGGCAUGAACAGUUUCAGUGAACGGCCUUUUCUUACCAGAUUUUUGGAUACUUGGGAACAUUUUAGAAAGUCUUCUGCUACAUUUCAAGCUGCCUGCAGUUCCUUACUGUACGAAAAAGAGCUGAUGAAAUUUCUGGAAGAAAGCAAAUUUGAUGCAGUCUUUACAGAUCCUCUGACACCCUGUGGACAAAUAGUUGCUCUGCAUUUGUCUAUUCCUAGUGUUUUCUUCUUGCGGGGUGUUCCAUGUUCUAUAGACACUUAUGCUGCCCAGAGCCCAAGCCCACUGUCCUAUGUCCCACGAUGGUUCUCAUUCAGUACAGAUCAUAUGACAUUUCCUCAGAGAGUGAAGAACGUACUGAUAGGCAUUUCAGAGUAUUUUACCUGCAGCAUUAUCUUUUCACAAUUUGAAAGACUGGCCUCAGACUUUCUCCAAAAGCCUAUGACAUUGACACAGCUUCUAAGUCACGGAUCUAUUUGGCUGAAGAGAACUGACUUUGCCUUUGACUAUCCCACGCCUGUGAUGCCCAGUAUGGUUUUCAUUGGAGGCAUAAACUGUGGAAGGAAGAAGCUGUUACGUCAGGUUAGUGAGUGACUGG